CAAAACCGGUCACGGAUAAUUUCCCUCAAAGCCCCACGCAGGCCUGCAUUGAAACACUCCAAUCUGCGAUUCAUACCCCAACGUUGAGCUAUAUAAACUCCAGACUCUGGGUGAACUCCAGCAGUUAAGUUGACAGAGUCAAUUUUGUGAGCAUCGACAAUUGAAUCAACCAGCCACUGCUGAUGUAAUACUACAGGUCUUAGAGCGAUCCAGAGAGUGAACGGCACCCUGCGGACGUGCGAUGCGUCUGUCUGCAGAUGACUUUUCGCGAGACGAGGGUUAAAAUUCUGCCGAACAAAAAAAAUAUUAAAGAAUAUCAAAAGAAAUCUUGAACUGACAGCAGAGUUGUAACAUCUGAAGUGUACGUGUUAACCAAGCUUCCUGCUUUGAAGCAGCGCUGGACUUUAGUGAUCUACGGUGAAACUAAGCAGUCUGACUGCAGCUUUUUAAUGAUAAAAAGCCUUUUUCCUGAUUUAACAAACCAACAAGCAUCUCAGCAUCGGUCCUGAUACAUUUCCACCAUCUUGGAGGUCUACCUAGUCCCGUCUGGAUCCCUUGCACGGGGCUUAGUCUCCAAGUUCAGGUGUUUCAGUAGACUCGUUUAUCGAUCUCAGUAAAUUGAAAAUCAUCACUUCGGAGUUUUACAACCAUGUGGGGAUUUAGGCUACGACCGUCCAUGGGAUGUGCGGCAUUGCUGGCAGGCGUGCUUGGAAUGUUUCUGGUGAAUAACGUGGACGCCUAUCUGCACCGAUAUGGACGCCAUGUUUGCACCUCUGCAUCAACCAAUGAGGUUUCCCCUGGUGUCAUCGUUGAGUCCUACUGUCAGCCUUACUUCAAACCGUACUUUGCACGAUGUGAACCUCAAGGCCAGCUCUGUACUAAAUACCAGACUGUUUAUCGCAUGGCGUAUCGGACACGCAAGAUACCCCAGGAAUCACGAGGACCAAAAUACGUCUGCUGCCCUGGAUGGAAACAGCACAAUCCACAGGCAAAUUCCUGCAAUGAACCUGUUUGCAGUAUAGAAUGUCGGCAUGGUGGACGAUGUGUAGCACCUGAGUCAUGUGCUUGUCCUCAGGGUUAUAGUGGGCAGUAUUGCGAGGAAGUGAGCUGCAAUGUGGAGUGUGCCAACGGAGGUUUCUGUCUGACCCCUGACACAUGUUCCUGCACUGGUGGAUGGCAGGGGGAAUCCUGCCAAGAAGCUCUGUGUCUUCGCGCUUGUGAAAAUGGCGGUAGGUGUGUCCAGCCAGACUCGUGCGCCUGUCCCAACGGUUGGACUGGUCGCUACUGCCAUGAAGACGUCAACGAAUGUGAGACAGAUUCUCAUGGCUGUCAUCACCGAUGCAGGAACUCUGAUGGUGGUUACACAUGCUCCUGUCAUCCUGGGUUUACCCUCGAUGAAGACGGUCUCUCAUGCUCCAUUUGUCUCACGUGCAGUCCGGAGUAUGUAGCUCUUCAAGAAAAAGUCAAGCGUAUUGAGCAGAAUCUUGGUGUCAUGCAGGCAGAGAGUGCAACAAGAGAAGAAGCGACAGUGAAAGUGGUCAACAUGCCCCUCAAUGAUGAACAGGUGUCUAAGAUUGAACUCAUCACAUCACUGAGUGAACAGAUCUCAAUGCUGGAGGAAAGACUGGAAGAUUGUACGUGUAAAGAUUACCAAAGUGGUCAGAGGCAGUACCCAAGACGGAGACUCAACCGAGAUAGACGAUCGGAAGACAAAAAAAGGACCCACUCUGAGAACACAAAUCUUUAGUCAGUUGGCGCAGUAGUGCAUUGCAUUCAAUAGUUAUCAUUUUGCCGUGAUGUUGAUCUUCAGUUACCCAUUUCUUUCUCUUUGUAGACAUACAGGGUCUUAAGUCUCAAUUUCACGUUGCAUCCUCUUUUAAAUGUUAAUGCCUUAAUUGUCCACUUCUAAAAGAAAAAGCCGAGUAGUUCCAUCUGAAUGUGGAUGCUUGUGCAAACAAAUUUUUUCUAGCUUUGGGUAAUCCCUGAUAUUUAGUUCAGAUAGCUCUUGAGGUCAUGUAGCAUCUAUUCAUAAUCCAUUGACACUUUUCAUACUGUCUGAUGUAAUGUGGAAUGUAUGAAAGCUGCUUCUUUUUAAUGUAAUAACUUCUUGUAGCAAAAUACGAAACUAUGUAGGAACUUUUAAACCAAACUAAUUAUAUUGUCCUUUCGAGAAAUAGCUAAACUAAUUAUUUUGUCCUGUCAAGAAAUCUUGCAUUGUGUGAAUACAAAUGACUCCCUUUCUACCCCUUGCACAAAAUUGCUUCUGAGGACACUUUGAACUGAAAGAGAUAAAAAUCUCUGUCAUUCUGUGUCAUCCAGCUGUUGAACUCUCUCUGGUUUAGAUCGGAAAAUGACAAAAAAACAGACAAGUUACCCUUUUUUGAGUGAGGGAUACCAUUUGGGGGAUAAAACAUCUUAGUGAUUGGUUUCUGUAUGCUUGGAAAUCUAAUGUUACAAAGUGAUGAUUUUGAAGUGUCUUUGGGAAAAUCACUUCAUCUUAAUUAUACAAGAUAGAAUGACUUCAAAGGGCAAAGUUCCCAAAGGUCUUCAGAACAAGUCUUCCAAAACAGGCUUCCAAACAAGAAACAAGGUUUAUAUGGAUGGAUGGAGCAUUUAAGGUGCAGAAUUUCGCUCUUUGUAAAGUUAUUUCAUGUCUGACAUCAUUAUUGUUGGUUAAAUGUUGGACUAGUAGACUCAAUUGUUUUAAUAUAUGACCUUUCAAUAUCGCUUUAUUAUUAAUUAUUACUGAACUUAUAUUUUUUUAUGAGUUCAAAAUGUUAAAUAAUAUUUUAAAGAUGUCAUAUAUGAGGGGUUUGGUUUCCUUUUCCUGGAUGUAUCAUAAUUGAACAUGGCGAGUGUGUUUUUUCGAACUGUUUUUUUCUUACAGGAGCAGGGCAAAAACUUGUGCUGUGAAGGAUGGCUUAUUCCUUAGCAGUAACAAGUGCUUUCUAAAUGUAAUUUCACAGUUAAAUCAUUUUCACUUUGCACAGCAAUAUUGAGGGGUCUUUUUUGUAAAGAUCUUUAACUUUUACUAAACUUGCACAGUAGUGAAAGAAAUUU